AUGUGGAGUAAAAUAGCGGCAGAGGUUGCUGCGGAUGUGGUGGUGAGAGAAUACGAUGAAGAAACCGACAAGCGUGACGUGGAGGAGAUGGAACGUGAAUGUGAUGAGACCGGACCGCAUGGCAAACCGGCAAUGGUGUCUGAUCUAUUAGGCGAUCCGGUUGGUCGCGUCCGUCAUUUUCCCUCUCACACUAUGCUGGUUGCAGAGUAUGGAGAAGGAAGAAAGAUGGUGGGAGUUGUAAGAGGAUGUGUUAAAACUGUAACUAGAGGAAACUCAAUCUCUGUCAAACUUGCUUAUGUUCUUGGCCUUCGAGUUUCACCUUUCCAUCGGUAA